GCAAAGUAUUAAAUGAAUGCACUUUUCUCCAGCAGGUGGCGUCAAACAAAGAUAACGUGUAUGAGAGAUCGUGCUAUCCAAAUAGCAUCCCCCAACAAAGAAGACCUUCAAUAUUUCGAGAACUGGGCGAUAAGAUGCCAGGGUUUUCACCUGGUCGUCUGAACCGAGCAGCUUCUAUAGCUCAGGAUGUGGAGAUAAGAUCAUCUUUAAAGGAUCAAUAUAGACUCGUUGUCAUGGGAUCCGCCAGAGUUGGUAAGACCGCCAUCAUUAAACGUUUUCUUUACCAAACCUUUCCGAUUGAAUAUAGCCCCACAGUAGAGGAGCUGCACAGUAUGGAAUAUGAGGUAGGGGGCGCGAUAUUUAAGCUCGAUAUUCUGGAUACAAGUGGUAGUUGUGAAUUUCCAGCCAUGCGACACUUGGCCAUCAGUUCUGGCGACGCCUUCGCCCUGGUGUAUUCCAUUGACAGCAAUGAAUCUUUUGAAGAAGUGCGUCGCCUCCGGGAUUCAGUGCUGGAAGUGAGGUCGUCCAACGUCCCUAUAGUUGUGGUGGGGAAUAAAAGUGAUCUGGAAGGGAAGAGGGUGGUGCAGAAGGAACUAUCCGAAACGUUGGUGUGUAUUGACUGGGAACAUGGUUUUGUUGAAAGUUCAGCGAAGGAUAACGUCAACAUCACUAAUAUCUUUACAGAAAUAUUCUUACAAAGUCACCUUGACUGUCCCAAAACCAGCUUACCAAGCACAAGGAUGCGCAGGGGGUCUCUUCCUGUCAAUGCCUUUCCUCUACGUUUCAAAGGGAAACCUGCAGCAAAGAGGAAUAGUUGUGCGGUUUCAUAAAAACAACAACAACAACAUAUUUCUGGAAUAUAGUGAUUUAGGAAGAGGAGACGUAUCUAAUCAACCUAAAAACUUAAGCUUUAUGUAUUCGUACUUGAAUUUAAUGAUUUAUUUAUGAAGACAUGUUGAUUUAUAUGGAAAACGCUUUAAAAGACAUCAUUGAUAAAUAUAUUUAUUUAUAUGCAUGGGUGUAUUCUUACAUAGAUUAUUCAGUUGCUACACAAGAUCUGUUUUUAAAUGUUUUAUAAAUACCCAAUUUUAAUAAUUUCUAGGUUUAAUUUUGGUUUUUAAAACAUUUUUUUAUGUGUACCUAAAAUAUCCAGGAAUAAAUAUUCUGUCGUUUGUAUUUUUGAGCCAGUCAAGUGACUUGAAGACAGUGUUGCUUGUUUUGUAUUCCGUGGGUUAACGUUCCAUUUUUAAAAAUAAACUCAUACAGAUUAGUAAAAAAA